UAGUCGAGAAAUCCCGAGGAUUAGUGUGCGUUUGAAGUAGGUAUUUAUACCGAUCUUCGUUUUGCAUGGCUUUUCUGUGUCUCUAUGCUUUCUCGGUUUUAUACUUCUCACUGAAAGGAACUGACGGUGGGCAUUUUCAGUGUGAACCACUGAGGGAUCAAACGUGCUUCGGAUCACGUUUAGAUUACAACUUCACAACGUUAGAUUUAGUCACAGAUUCUGAUACUCAGCUGGACGUUGAGGAAAAUUUAAAGAAAUGGGAAGGAUUGAAAUUCUUAUCCAAGUGCUGGUCGGUUCUUCAGCCACUUCUGUGUCAAGUUUACAAGCCGCAAUGCUUCAAUGAUAACGUCACAUUGCCCUGUAGGGAACAGUGUCUUGCUACUCGGAAGCCGUGUUCUGUGGUCGAACGCUACAAAGAACAAUGGCCAGAUUUUUUACAGUGUGAACGUUUCCCUGUUGGAAACUGCAAGGGCGGUUCGGUAACUGAACUUCAGCUAAAUGAGUCAGCUUGCAAGAGGCCCUUAGUGGCAACAAAGCAUGAGUCCAGUUGGUAUGAGGGAAUUGAGGGGUGUGGUAUCCAAUGUGAAAACCCUAUAUUUACCACUGAAGAGCACACAAGAAUUCACAGAUUCGUGGGAGCAUUUGGAAGUUUGUCAUUUACAUGCAGCCUUUUCACAAUGAUUACAUUUCUUAUUGGCUGGAAGUCACAGAAUCGAUAUCCAUCAGUUAUUCUCUUUUAUAUGAACACUUGCUUCUGUGCAGCAUCUAUGGGUUUUCUCAUCCAAUUUGCUGAUGGGGCCAGAAACCGCACAGUAUGUAGGGAGGAUGAUACUAUGAGGCUUCAGGAACCAGGCGAGAAUGACUGUUUCCUGUGCAUUCUAACCUUUGUUCUUGUGUACUACUUUUCAUUGGUGGGAGCCCUGUGGUUUGUCAUCUUGGCAUUUUCCUGGUCCAUCUGUUUUAAGUCUCUGGGAAGCACCAGAGAUAACUUUGCUGGAAAAGUGGUUUAUUUUCAUGCAAUAGCUUGGUUAAUUCCUCUUACUUUGGCAAUUGGUACUCUUGCUAUGAAACAGGUUGAUGCAAACUCUUUGAGUGGAAUCUGUUUUGUUGGUUACAAGAAUCCCAAUAUGAGAGCCAUCUUCCUAUUGGUGCCAUUAGGUCUUGAUCUGCUCAUAGGAGGGAGCUUUUUAACACAAGGUCUUGCAACUCUAUGUAAGCUUCGCAGGGCAAAUCCUAAUUUUCUGAGCCACAGAGCUGCUCAUAAAAUCAAAGAAACUAUCAUGAGAGUUGGUGUAUUUUCUUUUAUUUCAUUUUUGACGGUAUUUACAACCUUUGCCUGCCAUGUGUAUGAAUAUCACAACCAAAAAAUUUGGGAGGAGAGCUACAGAGAUUUUGUAAGAUGCAUUGCAGAGAAGGUUGCACGUGGGCAAACAUGGAAAGCAACGUGUUCUGUGGGUACACGUCCUGAUCUCAGCAUCAUUGAACUGGAAUUAGCCUCCCUCUUUGGCACAGGAAUUGCCAUGAGUAGUUGGACUUGGACAUCGAAUACAUUACAGACCUGGCAGAAAUUGUGGCGCAGAAUAACACGGAAAAAUAGGCAUCCAGAAUUAAGUCACUACAAAAUAAUUAGAAGGAUGAAAAAGAACAGAGUAGCUCCAGCUGUAUUGUACCCUGCCAUACCAGAGGUACAAAUGGACGCUAUUAUGAAGAUGAGUGAAGCAAUUCAAGGGCAGGGUUCAGCUGUGAAAGCUCCAGCUCCUAAACAAGAUAAUGAAGAGCCACUUAAACUGAAGAGUAUCUCUGAAUUGACUCCUCAAGAAAAUCCUAGUUGAUAACAAAUUUACACUCAACAAUGGAAUACAGCAGACCAAGUUUUGACAUUACUAUGUAAAUAAAUACAAAAAAUAGAUAUAUAUUUACUAUUUAAGUUAUGAAAUCAAACAAUUCAUAACAUAUUUUAUAUUCUUUCACAUAACAUGCAUGCUGAAUAUCCAAGUAGGUGUACAGGAUAUACUUUGAAAAUGUUCUCUUAAAGCAGCUGAAUUAAUUUAUUUCUUUAAUAUGGUUUCAUAACCACCUUAACAACAGACUCUAGAAAAAAAAAUGGCAAGUCUGGGGUGAUCACUGUAUUUUUAGCAAGUUAAUGUAUUUUGCAAUGAAGUUUUCCCUUGUCAGGGGAUGGCAAUAGUGUAACAGUUAAUAGGCUAUUCUACAGUUGUGUACUUAGUUGCCAAGCCUUUGAUUUGGAGUGUGGCUGAAGGUGACCUUGCUGUGGUAGAGACCAGUAUCUGGAUAGCAUGAUAACAAAGUAAUUUACAUUUGAAAAGCAGCAAGUUUUGUAUCCUAACAACCCCCCCCCCCCCCUUCCUUAGCCUCACUCCUGUUCAAAGGCUUGGCAACCAAGCUUGCAACUAUAAAACAGACCAUUGUUGAAAGAUGAAAGAUGGGAUAGGCAAUCAUCCCCCCCCCACGCGCAACAAUAAUUCCUGAUCACAGGUUAUGGGUACAUGUAACAUUUUAGUGUGGGCAUUACCAAAGGUUUGUAAUAAGAAAGUACCUGCUCCUCUUUGAAAAAUUCAGGUGUAUGAGUGAGACUAUUUUGCCAAUUAACCCUUGACACCCUAACAUCAGUAUCUAUAUCCUCCAGUCUCUUUUCUUUAUGUUUCCUUUAGUACUGAUGAGGAGAAUUUGUUUUACAAUCAAAGCUUCUUUGGAUGAUGAUCAUUUCCUUUAUUCUCAUGAUCUUAACAAAUGAUUCAGCCAUGUUACUGUUAGGAGAAAUUAGAUGCUGAUCACUCUCAGGGUUUAAUGGGUUAAAGGGUUAUGAAAAAAAAAGAAAAAAAUAAAGGAAAAACAUCAAAAUUAUUUAUAGUUAUUUUACAUUCAUGUAAUGAUGUUUUACAAAUCACCAGUAAAUAAAAACAUCCAUUACAUUCCAGCACAAAACAUAUAUAAUAUGUAAUUUCAAUCUUGCCUCUCAUAGAUGGCAUAGGAAGCUGAUUAGUAUGUGUAUUCCCCUGAACUGUUUACCAGUUAAUGGAAUUAAAUUGUUGGAAGAAGUUACAAGUCAUUCUCUUUGGGGUUAGGAAUUCAACAGAAGAGAGGGCAUCAUUUAACUGCUACAUGUACCUCUGCAAUAUGGCUUGUUCUGUAGGUUUGUUAUGUAGGUACUGCAUUCAAAAGUUGUAUUUCAUGCAUUUAUUUCCUGCCAAACUAAUUUAAUUUCUAUUUGCAUUAUGUGCUAUGUUGUGUUAUUGCAAGAAAGGGUGCAAUUUCAUUUCACAAAAUAAAGGUUUUUAUCCUUUAUGCCCGUAGUUAUGUGUGCAUUAUUAGUUUCCUCACAGGCAGCCCAAGCUCCAGCUUUGAGAUGAUCAUCUUGCAUAAUAUGAUUCGUGGUGAAAAUAA